AUGGCAGAACUAGGAGGUGGAAUACGGGGAUUCAUCCCUGGGCGUGAAAUUAAAGCAUUGGCUGGAUGUGAUUUGUUAACUAUCAGUCCAAAGUUACUUGAGGAAUUGGAACUGUCCAAUGAGCCACUCACAGAAUAUUUGACUGUAAAGAAUGGAAAAGCUUCAGAUUUGAAAAAAAUUGAGAUUAAUGAAGCCAAAUUCCGUUGGGAAAUGAAUGAAGACAAAAUGGCCAAUGAUAAGUUGUCUGAAGGCAUAAGAAAUUUUGCAGCAGAUUCUCGUAAACUUGAGAAAAUUCUCGCAGAGAUGUUGACCGAAAUCAAAUAAAUACUUGUCUUGUAAUGUCUAGUAAAUGAAAAUUGUAUGUUAUGGGGAACAAAAUGUUG